ACAUGACAGAAGAUUGUCGUGUGAGCAUAGUGAGCAGUGUUCCAGAAUGUUUAGAAAACUUUACAUUUCGCUGUGUAUUCUGAUUAUUUGCUACAGUGAUCCUGCUGAUGCGCAGAAGAAAAAAGAGACUCUGCUGUCAGAGAAGGUCACUCAGAUGAUGGAGUGGACCUCCAAACGUUCAGUCAUCCGGAUGAAUGGAGAUAAGUUCCGUCGCUUUGUCAAGGCUCCUCCCAGAAACUACUCUGUGGUAAUCAUGUUCACAGCUCUGCAGCCACAGAGACAGUGUGGGGUCUGCAGACAAGCCGAUGAGGAGUUCCAGGUGCUGGCUAACUCCUGGCGUUACUCCUCUGCCUUUACGAACAAGGUCUUCUUUGCAUCUGUCGAUUUUGAUGAGGGAUCAGAUGUCUUCCAGAUGCUCAAUAUGAACUCUGCUCCAACGUUCCUCCACUUCCCAUCCAAAGGGAAACCUCGCAGGUCUGAUACCUAUGAGCUGCAGGUCAGAGGCUUUGCAGCUGAGCAGCUGGCCAGAUGGGUGGCAGACAGGACUGAUGUACAGAUCCGUAUCAUUCGUCCUCCCAACUAUGCAGGGCCUCUCCUGCUGGGCUUCCUCCUUGCUGUGAUCGGAGGCCUGGCAUAUCUACGGAGACACAAUUUGGAGUUUCUCUUCAACAAGAAUGUCUGGGCCUUCUCUGCACUGUGCUUUGUCCUGAUCAUGACUUCAGGCCAGAUGUGGAACCACAUCAGAGGACCACCUUAUGCACACAAGAACCCCAGCACCGGCCAAGUUAGUUACAUCCAUGGCAGCAGUCAAGCCCAGUUUGUGGCUGAGACACAUAUUGUCCUACUCUUCAAUGCUGCUGUUACCAUGGGAAUGGUGCUGCUGUGUGAGGCUGCCACAUCUGACAUGGACAUUGGCAAGAGGAAGAUUAUGUGUGUAGCAGGCAUUGGUCUGGUGAUGCUGUUCUUCAGCUGGCUGCUGUCCAUUUUCAGAGCAAAGUACCAUGGAUACCCAUACAGCUUCCUGAUAAGUUAGAGCUGACCAGCAUCCAUAGCUUCACAGCAAGUAUGAACUCCAGGACAGGAAGUUUCUCAAAGUGCUGUCAACAAGCAGGGUGCUGUCUGCAGCAAGAAUGCCAUAUUUCUGUUUGCUAAGCCAUGGUUUGUCUUCUGAUCUGUUGAGCCAAAAGUCUGCGUGUGUCAACACAUGUACAUACACACUGUGCCUUUAGAAAGACACAGCAGGCAGUUCAUUCAUCAUUAGUGUGCGGUGUAAACUCUUGUGCCAAAAGGUGUUUUCUAGAUUUGAAUUUAGGGGGCAAAAAUACUUAAUUUCUUUAAUUGAUUGGUAAUAGUACAGUUACUGCUACCUACUGGUCACAAACCUCAGUCUGUAUCUUUAUUUUUUAAACUGUUGGGAUGAUAAACAGGUCCUGGACUCUGCUCUCUUUAAGUUGCUGCUUGUUUGUGUUUGGCUGACUUUCAGCCAAGAUAUUAUAUUUAAGGAGCAGCAAAGUGAGAGCAGUUAUUUCAGGCUUUCAGGGUGUCUGGAAAUGUCAUUUUGGUAACACCUUAUACAGGUCCUGUAUGCAAGUAUCCAUUUAUUCAAGUUUUAAGAAAGAACCAACAAAUGAAAUAGGUAAUUAUUUAAUGAAGUAGAAGAGAUAGAGGUGUGUGGAUUUAAGAAGCAGUUGUUUAUUGCAAAACUCCAUUUAUGCCCAUUAAAUAUGUAUUUAUUACUGAAAACUUUAUGUUUCAUAUAUGUUUAAUUGUAAGCUUGCUCAUACAGACACGUGGAACAACAAACAGCAUUGUUUCAUGUUCAGCUGGCAUGCUGUGCUCUGACUAAACUAACUAAAAUUAUAUAAGAAAUGAUCAUCAAGUAUACUAGUUGAGCACAGUGUCCGUUUUUCCGUUAGUUAGUAAUACCAAAUUACAGAUUAGUUUCUAGGACCUUUUCAAUUUCAGUUCAGUAUCAGUUCCUUUCUUUGAAGGUACUUAAUAGUGUGAUCUUUAAAAUAAAUCUUACCUACAACACACUAAUUCAGGCAGGCCAUAGUUGGGUAGCCCUUAUUAACUCCCAAUGCUCUUGACUGACUUUGCAGUGUGAGCCAAAAUUAGCUUUGUGGUAAUUUAAAGACAUCAAUUCAGGAAUAUGAAACACAGUAGAACUGUACCCACGAAGGUGUAAAAUCUAACUGUAAUUCAAUGGCUUGUUUUUUUUACCUGCCAUUGCAUGUCUGCUUUGUAUGGUACAUGCCCCGUUCCUCUGAAAAAAAUAUGAAACCAAAAAGGGAGACAUUUAAUAUUCAAUAUUUUUUGGUUUUAUGAUGAUGCCCCCAUCUUUCCAUUGAUUUUUAAGAAUACAGUUAUUUCUCUAUGUACAUAGAUGGAGAACUAAUUUUCAUACAGAAAAAAAAUGUAGAACAUUUUAGAUUUUAAAAAUGUUCUAAAGCAGUAACAUCAAUGUUUUAUCAUUGGUAAUAUUAUAUCAAUACCACUGCUAACAACACACUGUCUGCCCAUGGCUUGUAAGCCGACGGAGUUUGUUAGCUUCUUACCAACAUGUCAGUCAAACAUAGUCACACCCUUCCAGAUGCUUGUGUAAAUCAUCACAAGCAGAAAAAUGAGCAUUCCUGAUAGUGUCCCAAAGCGUUCCAUGUUUUUAUUACUUUAUUAAUAACAUUAUUCAUAUAUGUAAAAUUAUCUUUAACUGUUUUUUCACAUCAGUGCCAGACGUUGUCCAGAGCUGCCCUUUAACACUUUGCCCACAACAGGAGGCUGUCUGUGUCAAAUGUGUUCUCACCUAUUGGAAGUAUGCUGUUUGGUUUAAGCAGGGGUUGUGCCUGGGUAGAGCACAUUUUCUGUGAAAUAUGCACACACAAUUCGGCCCCUGGGCAGAUGCUGGCUGUAUUUUUUGCCUAGUUGGUAAUACAGCCUCAAUGGUUCCAGUGUACAGCAACACAGUGUUCAGUUUUCUAAAUUUGGCAUUUCUGCUCCUACUGUUAGGAAUCUUCUAAGUAACAAUGGUCACUACCGUAACUCUCAUGGGAAUUGUACUGUUUAGACAAAUUCACCACACAAAAGGUGUUUAAAACUGAUUUCAUAGAAACAAAGUGGAAAUAUUGGUAAAAGCCUUGCAGCUUCACUCACUCUGCUUCUCUAUAUAAGCUAAGUGCCUUACACUGCUGAGCCACGUAUCUGAUGAUGUAAGCUUAUCAACUGAAUGUAAUGGUGAUUAAAUGUCAAGUGAUUCUAUUAAAUCUGAAGGCAGCUUGAACAGGAGCCAGUUAAAUUACUCAUCACAGCUCAGUGAUGUUAGUGUGGGGUGUAACUGAGUUCAACUUUCGUGCUAGAUAUACAAGUGAUAAAAUUACUUCUUCUUAGAAGGCAUCCUCACACGCUGAGGGUUUGCUACAAAACCCUAGUUUCAGUACUUGUAGAUGGAGCGAUGGGAGUUUUGGAAAGUAUGCUUCCUUCAUUCAUUUUCAUAUUGCCAAAUGAGAAAUAGCAAAUUGUAGUAAUGUUGAAUGAAGAAUGAAUAAUGCUGGUUCCUUUUAAAAUUAAACCACCUCUAUAAUUCUACUAUCAUUAAGUUGUGUUUGGAUUUUCCAAAUCACUUGACAGAGAAUUAUUUUUCGCAUAGGUCUUGUGUAAUACAACCCUGUUUCCUCAUUGUUGCUUGCAUCAGAUUCUAAAUGAGGAUAUCAUUUUCAAAAACAACAAAGUUUCUUAGUUUCAACAUUUGAUAUGUUGUUUCAGUGCUUUGCAAAUCAUCUGAUUUUGUUUCUUUUUUUUUACACAGCAUCCCAACAUUUGAGUUGUAUGUGUUUGUUCUUUUCACCUGUAAUAGGUCUGCUUUGGGCUAGCGUUGAAUGAUUUUUGUCCUCUGUCCCUUAUUAAGAAGUAUCAAUGGCCUUAACUAAUUAUUAUGUAUACAAACCCCAAAAUGCAGUUUUGGGGUUUGUAUACAUAAUAAUUAGUAUACAAACUCAUUCAUGAGAGUAGUGAUUUUUUUCCUUUGUGUACAAAAAAGUGCUUUAAAUGUUGGUUGCAGGUUUUCAGUUUGUACCAGGAGAGAAUAUUUGAUCUAAAGUGAUUAUUUCAAAUAUUAAAGUGCCUUAACUGCC